UUUUACAGAUUCAUCGGACAUCGUAGACUGUAAAUUAAAAUUGAUCCUUGGCUUAAUAUGGACUUUGAUUCUCCACUAUUCCAUCUCGAUGCCGAUGUGGGACGGCGAAGAAAGCACCGGAUCCGACAAACGUGCAUCGCCGAAACAAAGACUAAUGAAAUGGAUCCAGUCAAAACUGCCAGAUUUGCAAAUCAACAAUUUCACUACCGACUGGAACGACGGUCGUGCGGUUGGUGCGCUGGUAGAUGCAGUUGCCCCGGGUCUUUGCCCAGAUUGGCAAGACUGGAACGCGAAAGAUGCAAUACAAAAUGCUUCUGAAGCGAUGGGACUAGCCGACGAUUGGCUUAAUAUACCACAGCUCAUCAAACCAGAAGAAAUCGUGGAUCCUAACAUUGAUGAAAUGUCAAUGAUGACAUACCUGUCUCAAUAUCCUAACGCAAAAUUGAAAUCAGGAGCACCACUUCGACCUCGAACUAAUCGAAAUAGAGUACGUGUUUAUGGACCUGGAAUUGAACCAAAUGGUCCAAUCGUUGGAGUACAAGCUAAUUUCACAGUUGAAACAUUUUCUGCUGGCAAAGGAAAUGUUGAAGUCACGGUGGAAGACCCAGAAGGAAAUAAAAUACCUGCUGACGUUCAUUUCAACAAUGACAAGAAUCUCACAUAUUCCGUAUCCUACACCCCAAAACUGGAAGGACCACAUAAAAUAAAAAUACUAUUUGCUGGUAGAGAAAUUCCUAAGAGUCCUUAUGUAGUCAACGUUGAAGCAGAAGCUGGUGAUGCUGGCAAAGUUACUGCAAGUGGCCCAGGAUUACAACCUGAAGGAGUUAUAGUUAAUAAACCGACUUUCUUUGAAAUAAACACGAAGGAUGCUGGACGUGGUGUACCGGAAGUGAUUAUACUACCCCCACAGGAUGUAAAGGCAUCGAUACCUGUAAAAUUACAUCAAACUUUACCAAACGUGUGGAGAUGCGACUACACUUCACCCGUAACAGGUUUACACUCGGUAAACAUAUUCUUUGCCGGUAAAUUAAUUCCUGGAAGUCCUUGCGGCGUAAAUGUGGACCUUGUGUCUGAUGCGAAGAAAUGUAGAGCUUAUGGUCGAGGAAUUUUACCGAAUGGAGUCCGUGUUCAAGACGAUGCAGAUUUUGUGAUCGUCACCAAAGGUGCCGGCGAAGAUGUACCCGGUGUUAAAGUCAUUGGACCUGGAGGAGUAAAUCGUCCUGUCAACAUGACCAAAAUUGACGACAAAACAUACGAGUGUCAUUAUACACCAAUAAAAGAAGGACGCCACGUGGUGAUGAUAACGUACGGUGGUCAAGAAAUUCACAAAUCACCGUUUGAAGUGAAUGUAGGCCCUUACAAGGAAUCUGCUAUAAGAGUAUUUGGUCCUGGUCUUUACACCGGAGUUGUCGAUUAUCCGGCGAAGUUUACAGUUGACACGAACGGAGAAACUGGAGGUCUUGGAUUUUCCAUCGAAGGUCCAUCGAAAGCGAAAAUCACUUGCCACGAUACUGGUGAUGGAGCAGCGGACGUAUCCUAUUUGCCGACUGCGCCGGGCAGAUACGCGAUCCACAUCCUUUGCGACAAUGAGGACAUUCCGAAAUCACCGUAUGUCGCGAAUAUCUUACCGAAAGCCGACUUCGAUCCUCACAAGGUUGAAGUGUACCGCUCUGGAUUUCAAUCGAAAUCCAUUCCUUGUGGAAAACCGACAGUUUUCACGAUAGAUGUAAAAAAAGCUGGUCAAGCACCUUUGGAGGUUGCCAUUCAAGACGCUUUGGGAAGGGACGUUCCGGUUCAUCUGGACGAUAAACACGAUGGAACAGUACAAUGUAGUUUUACUCCAACGUCUGGGCCACAACACGUCAUCAUGGUAAACUACGGUGGCGUAGCCACAAAGGAUUCUCCUUACAGAAUGAAAGUAGAAGCACCUUUAAAUCCAGCUAUGGUGAAAGCCUUCGGACCUGGUCUCGAGAAGGGUGUAAAGUCUAACACUCCAACGCAUUUCAACAUCGAUUGUCGCGAAGCUGGUCCAGGUGAUCUUCGCGUUACCAUGAUAGACCCUGAAGGAGCGGAAAUCCUCUUUUCGAUCACGGAUAAUAAAGACGGUAUAUACACCGUUGAUUACAUAGCACAUCAGCCAGGCACUUACUUAGUGCACUUGAAUUAUGGAGGAUUAAAAGUACCCCAGAGUCCAAUCAAGGUCAACGUUCAACCACAUGUUGAUGUUUCGAAGAUCAAAGUCGACGGUCUUGCACGAACGGCUCCGGUGAACAGUUUGCAGCAGUUUCGCGUGAUAACUCAGGACGCGGGAAAGGCAGCGGACUUUCAGGUGGUGAUCACAUCUCCUUCGGGAAACCGCGUGAAGGCUCACGUGGUGCCAACCCACGAUGGUUAUCUGGUCAAUUUCACGCCCACGGAGCUGGGCGAGUAUCUUCUGGGCAUCACAUUCGGCGGAGAGCCGAUUUCGAAUCAACCGUACUGUUUGACCUGCGUGCACGGGUCCGAUCCUGGAAAGGUGAGUGCGUCCGGGCCAGGAUUAUCACAUGGGAUUGUAAACAAACCGGCAGAGUUCGUGAUCGAUACUCGCGGAGCUGGACAAGGCGGUCUCGGUGUCACUGUUGAAGGGCCUUGCGAAGCUGCCAUUAAUUGCCGGGAUAAUGGGGAUGGUACUUGCUCGGUUGCGUAUCUGCCCACUGAAAUUGGUGAUUAUGGCAUCAAUAUCACGUUCAACGAAAAGCAUAUUCCCGGAUCACCUUUCCAGGCUAUCGUUGUUAAGGACACUGAUGUGUCCAAGAUCAAGGUCACCGGCAACGGCAUACAACCGAACGGUCAAUGCGUCGAUCAAUCAACAGAGUUCACAAUAGACACCCGAGGAAUCGGAAAGACAGAGAACGAUGUUAACAAGGUUUCCUGUACAAUUAAUAAUCCGAGUGGUGCUACAACCGACAAGAUCAUUAUUCCCCAAGGAAAUGGUACCUAUUUAGUUAGGUACAUGCCGUUCGAGGAGGGUCGGCAUUCCGUAGACAUACUUUACGACAAUAUUCCUAUACCUGGCUCCCCAUUCACAGUGAACGUUCAACGUCUCAGUGAUCCUAGUAAAUGCAGAGCAUAUGGACCAGGUUUACAGAAAGGACGCGUGAACAAAAUCAACACGUUCACCAUAGAAACGAAAGAUGCAGGAAAAGGUGGUCUGAAUUUAUCUGUGGAGGGCAGCAACGAAGUGAAGGCAACUUGCAAGGACAAUUACGAUGGCUCCUGCACUGUAGAAUAUACCACAAACGAGCCGGGUGAUUACGAAUUUUCCAUCAAAUUCGCGGAUCAACAUAUACCUGGAUCUCCUUUCCGAAUCCCGAUUGUAAGCGAUACCGAUACGAGCAAAGUGACCGCUUAUGGUGCCGGAAUAGAAGCCGUGCGGGAAAACGUACCGGCAAAGUUUGUAGUCAACACGUGGCAAUGCAAUCCAGCACAAUUGGACAUUAUGUUGAAGACUGACAAAGGACAGGUGCAAACUCCGAUAAUCAAGGAUCGCGGGGAUGGAUUGUACGAAGUAAUUUAUCAACCACCACCAGCCGGAAGCAACUUACAAGUCCGAGUAACAUAUGAUGGAGAAGACAUUCCGGGAAGUCCGUUCAAACCGAAGGUUUUACCCACAGUUGAACCUAACAAGGUUGUCUUGUCUGGUCCUGGAGUGGCACCUGUCUGCACAGCUUCUUUCCCGAUUGAUUUCGUGGUCGAUACUUCCAAGGCUGGAUAUGGAGAUCUUGAAGUUCAAGUUUUGGGUCCUGAUCAAAUUCCUCGCCGGGUUGAAAUCCAAGACUUAGGCGAUGGAAAAUACAAGGCGACGUAUUUACCCGACGAUUGUGGCCGUUACAAGAUCAACGUAAAAUACGGAGGCAAAGAAGUGUCGGGUUGUCCCGUGAACGUCCAAAGUGUUUCCACAGGAAAAGCGGACCAGUGCAAAAUCAAAGAGGGUAUUCAACACACGCUUGCUCAAGGUGAAGAAUACUGCAUCACUGUGGACACUGAAAAUGCUGGACGUGGUGCAGUGACCUGUCGCAUACGCUCCACAUCCGGAAGUGAGGUUGUAGACAUUGAUAUCGAAGAUAACGGAGAUGGCACAGUAAACAUUUACUAUACCGUCGCCGAUGCUGGUGAUUAUACUCUCAGCAUCAAGUUUGGUGGUCAGCCUAUACCCGAGGGAUUCUACACGUUUACGGCUUCGGAAGAAUAUCGCGAGCAUAGUACACACAAAACUCACAGAGCGAGGAAGACUCGUCAAAGGCAGGAACAACGCGUUGAACACAGUUCAACUGUACAAGAAAGCUCGAGCGUAACAAAGAAGAAUUUCAACGUAAUCCGUUUGAACAACAUCCGUCUACCAGUAGCCGGCGGCACUGUAACAUCGGAAGUAAAGAUGCCAAGCGGGAAUGUGGAUAAACCAGUGAUCGAGGAUAAUCGUGAUGGCACCGUGUCUCUUAAAUAUGAUCCAAGAGAGGAGGGACAACAUGAAAUUUCUGUUAAAUUUAACGGCGAACAUGUCCAAGGUUCACCAUUCAGAUUCCAUGUGGAUUCCUUAGCGAGCGGUUACGUGACAGCUUAUGGGCCAGGUUUAAUCUAUGGUGUUUGCGGUGAACCCGCGAAUUUCACCAUUUCCACGAAAGGAGCUGGAGCUGGUGGUCUCUCAUUAGCAGUCGAAGGACCUAGCAAAGCUGAAAUCUCCUGCCACGACAAUAAAGAUGGAACCGUUUCAGUUUCCUAUUUACCCACUGCCCCAGGAGAAUAUAAAAUCACUGUUAAAUUCGGUGACAAGUACAUAAAAGGCAGCCCUUAUGUUGCUAAAAUUACAGGCGAGGGUCGCAAGAGGAAUCAAAUCUCGGUGGGUUCAUGCAGCGAGGUCCAACUUCCCGGAAAAGUAACCGACACCGACAUCAGAUCCUUGAACGCAUCCAUCACAGCGCCCAGCGGUCUGGAGGAGCCAUGUUUCCUGAAGAUGUUGCCGAGCGGCAACAUGUGCGUGUCAUUUACUCCCCGCGAGGCUGGCGAGCACACGGUAGCCGUGAAAAAGCUGGGUAAACACAUCCCCAACUCACCUUUCAAGAUCGACGUGAAGGACCGCGAGGUGGGAGACGCGAAGAAGGUCAAAGUAUCCGGUCCAGGCUUGAAAGAGGGUAAAACGCAUGUGGAGAACACGUUCUCGAUCGACACAAGAAACGCUGGCUUCGGAGGUCUCUCGUUGUCCAUGGAAGGACCCAGUAAAGCGGAGAUCCAGUGCAAGGACAACGAGGAUGGCACCUUGAACAUCUCCUACAAGCCCACGGAGCCUGGUUACUAUAUAAUGAACCUGAAAUUCGCCGACCACCACGUAGAAGGCUCUCCAUUUACCGUGAAGGUGUCCGGUGAGGGUAGCAAUCGUCAGAGAGAGAAGAUUCAACGGCAGAGAGAGGCUGUGCCCAUCACGGAAGUUGGCAGCCAGUGCAAAUUGACCUUCAAGAUGCCUGGAAUCACGUCAUUUGACCUGGCUGCGACUGUCACGUCACCUGGAGGUGUGACAGGAGACGCAGAGAUUAAAGAAGUUGAAGACGGUUUAUACGCCGUGGCGUUCGUUCCCAAGGAACUGGGUGUGCACACUGUGUCCGUUCGUUAUAGGGAAAUGCAUAUCCCUGGAUCACCCUUCCAGUUCACCGUCGGGCCUCUAAGGGAUGGCGGAGCUCACAGAGUGCAUGCUGGAGGUCCUGGUUUGGAGAGGGGAGAACAGGGAGAACCUUGCGAAUUCAAUAUCUGGACCAGAGAAGCUGGAGCUGGAACUCUGGCCGUGUCGGUGGAGGGUCCUAGCAAGGCGCAGAUCGACUUCAAGGAUCGCAAAGAUGGCAGUUGUUAUGUUAGUUACGUCGUGUCUGAACCUGGUGAGUACAGGGUAGGAAUGAAGUUCAACGAUCAACAUAUACCCGAUUCGCCGCACAAGGUUUAUAUAUCGCCGGCGAUGGGCGAUGCCCAUAAGCUCGAGGUGGCGCAAUUUCCGGAGACCGAUGUGCAGCCCGACAAACCGGCAACCUUCCUCGUUCGUAAAAAUGGCGCCAAGGGUGAAUUAGACGCGAAGAUCGUAUCACCAAGCGGAGUAGAGGAUGAUUGCUUCAUUGAGUCCAUCGACACCGACACGUACUCUGUGCGAUUUAUGGCGCGAGAAAAUGGCAUUCACAAUAUUCACGUGAAGUUCAAUGGCGUUCACAUAACUGGCAGUCCCUUCCGUAUCAAAGUGGGAAAAGUCGAUGCCGAUCCAGCUGCGAUAAACGCCUUUGGAAAUGGUUUGAAGGAAAUCAAAACUGGCCAGAAAACGGACUUCAUCAUCGACACUUGUAACGCCGGAAGUGGAGCACUUAAUGUGACCAUAGAUGGCCCAAGUAAAGUUGCGAUGGACUGUACGGAAGUUGAAGAGGGUUAUAAAGUCAGGUACACGCCUUUGGUACCUGGUGAUUAUUACAUCAGUAUCAAGUAUAAUGGAUACCACAUCGUUGGUUCACCGUUUAAGGUUCCAUGUACUGGUCAGGAUCUAGCAGAAAGAGGCGCACAAGAAUCAAGUUCAAUCCUCGUCGAAACUGUUCAAAAGGUUUCAAAGUCGAAACAAACCGGGCCAGUUUUACCCCUGUUCAAAUCUGAUGCUAGCAAAGUUACAAGCAAAGGAAUGGGUCUAAAGAAAGCAUACUUAGGAAAACAGAAUCAGUUCACUGUUAAUUGUAGCGAUGCCGGCCAGAACAUUUUGUACGUUGGUGUGUAUGGACCUAAAGGACCGUGCGACGAGGUGUUUGUGAAGCACACGGGACGCAAUAAUUACACCGUAAAUUAUAUGGUUCGAGAACGAGGAGAAUACAUAGUUAUCGUAAAGUGGGGUGAUGACCAUAUUCCUGGGUCGCCGUACAAGGUCGAAGUGUAAACGAAAACGUUUCUGCGAAGAGAAACAACAAAACGAAAUACUGUGGCCAAACUCUUGAUGAUCAUCCGUUAUAGCAUCUAUUUAUUUUAAACAUUAGCUGAAUAAAAUGUAUUCUUAUAUGAUGGAACGCGUGCGACACAAACAUUACAUACACGAUGUUUCAUCACAAAAAUUCGUCUUCCUGUAAUUAAAAAUCAUUUUAUCAAGUUCGAUCGGAAGUUGGUACGUCCUCUUCCAAAAAUUAACUGCUCGUACAAUUUUUCACUUUUAUUCUGAGAUCUUUUACUGUGUCAAUUAUGGUUCUAGUGAAAAAUGAGAGAAAAAAAAUAAAUAAGAACCAUAUAAAUAUGAAACUAUGAAUGCUGAAACGAUGGAAGUAAAAGUAUGAAUUGUUUUACCACUAUUUACUUUAUUAUUGUGUGUUACAUUGAGAGGAAUUUGAACAUUCAAGAUACUAGUCGAAGUACAAAUAAGCUUCUUCCGUAGAAUAGCACUUUAGACGCGAGUUUCAAGCUUUGUCAGUUGUGUCUAUAUCUGUCCCCAUAGCUUAUAUUGUCCUCAUCUAACAUUUAAUCGCCUGACGUACAACGACAGCAACGAAACCACGUUAUUUAAUAGAUUAAAAUAUGUGUUUCAUUAAACUGUAAAUACUUUUAGGAAAGUUUUGUUAUGAUAAUUGAAAAAUAGUGGCCACUUAUCUUUUAUUUUUAUUUGAAAGCAAAUACCAUCAAUGCUAUCAUUUGAGUAUUAGUUCUAAGCACUAGGAAUAUUUUUCUUUAAAAAGAAUAAUUCUGUGAUAUGGUGUUAUAUGUAUCUUUUAAUUAAAAUAACCUAAAUGUUUUAGAAAAUUAUUCUGAAAGACACGUUCCUAAAUAAAACACACAUAUCUGAAAUACUCACUACAUAUGAGAUUUGUUACACAUAUAUUAACUAUGUUAACUGUUAUACGAGUUCUAGUAAUUCAUAUCAAUAUAACUAAAUAUGUAUUUAUGUGAUUAGUAUUGAAAAGGAAUUUUAAGCCUAAACAAGUGUUCAAGACCGUGUGUUUAAUUAGUUAACGCGUUAAAAGUACUUGAGCAAUCAUAACAAAAUAACUCAUUUUCAAAAAAGUGUUAAUGGUUGAAUCAAACACAUAUUUCAAUAAAAAUGUAGCAAAAACAUAAAAUGUAGAAUAUAUAUGUAACCUCGUUGUCAUUGUUAAUAAUGUAGCCAGUGUAUCCGUGUUCAUCGGGUGACUAAAUAUUAGACCAACAUGAAAAUGAUAUAAAUAAGUUCAUAAGUCAGGAGGACAAAUAAGUCAAUUACUUGUGUUUGAAAAACUAUGAAAAAAAAAA